AUGGUAGAAUCAGCAUAUCCCGUACAAAGUAAAUUACAAGGAAUGAUUUCCUUGGAAGAUGUUUAUAAUUGUGAUGAGACUGGCUUGCUUUGUGAAUUGGAACUUUCAAAAACACAACCAACUGGUCUUAUUUCUUGUGUUAAAUCAAAAAAAAGGGUAACCCUUUUAUUACUUAUAAAUCCAACAGGAACUAAAAAGAAAGUGAAAGUUCUUGAUUUUUCUUCGACAAAUUUAGUUCCAAUGGAAUUUAUUGAAUUAUCUGUGAAUCAAAGACUCGAUUACGAUGACGAGAAUAAUAUACCAAGGAUUAUAAUUAUUCUUACCGGAGAACUUGAUUCAUCUCUCGUAGUUAUUGCUCAAGAUGUAAUCCAAUGUUAG